AUGAAAGUUAUCUGGGUAAAGUGUUUUAGUCUCUUCAUUAAAUCUUGUCUAAGUCGUAAAGGGAUUUUCUCUCUUCAUAUAGUUGAGAAAGAAAAAUCUCUUAAAAAAGUUAGUUUCUUGAGAUUUCGGGUUUUAAGUGACACGAGAUUUAAGAUCGUCGUGGAAGCGAAUCGUAAAUGCAAGAAAGAAAAAGCGAGAGAAAUUCUUAUGCUUAUUGCUUCUGACAACCCUGUCAAGACUCAAGAGAAGUCUUAG